GAUUUAGCACAGAUCUUCAGUUUAUUCUCAAGUUUCGCUGCUCCGUUUUCCAAGUCCUCGGUGAUCUCUCUCCGUCUCAGAAUCCGUUGUUAAUUUGGAGGCUAGAACUUCGAAGAAUCCGUCUCAGGUUUUGGCUACUCCAUUCUCCUAGUCCUCCGUGGUCUCUCUGUCUCAGAAUUCGGUGUUAAUUUGGAGGCUAGAACUCCGAAGGUCAGUAACUAAUCUUGUUUGGAGGCUAGAAUCCAUCUCAGGUUUUGGCUGCUCCGUUCUCCUAGUCCUCGGCGAUCUCUCCCGUCUCAGAAUCCGGUGUUAAUUUGGAGGCUGGAACUCCGAAGGUGGCAACAGACAUUAGUUCAGGGUGUUUCUUUGAUUUGUGCUCUUUUCUUACCCAUCAGAGAUUUCCUUUUUUUUGCAAACUGAUCAUUGAUGCAGAGAAUUUAAUUCCCUUUAUUUGGUACCAGUAAGUCAGUUACACUGAAGACUAGGCCACUGCAAAAUUUCACAUCAAUUUGAAUAUUUCAUUAGUGCAUUUAGGGUGCCAACUUUUGUUUUUAAUGGUGCUUGAAAAGAAGCUACAACAUGGCCUUAUUUAGGAUAUUAGUAGAUGCUUCCAUAAGUUGAAACAGUAUUGAAGACCACCAGAACAUUUGAGCAAUGAACAGCAAUUGGGUUAUGGUGGAUAUAUAAGCAACUUGCUUCUUCCUUGGCUUGAGAUACUGCCUGAUGCAGCCAGAGGGGUCAUGUGCAAGAGAUGAAAUGACCAGUAGUGUAGGUUCCUCUUUGGCUCAAUUUCUUCAUCUCCUCGUCUCUUCGAAUUCUUAGCUUCAAUAGCUUUCCUGAGUCGACAUGAACUUGAAGCUAUUGAUAUCGAGGGAACAAUUAAACAAGGUAUCAAGAUUUAAUGGAAGAUUACAUUCUGCAUGCCCAAGUCAUUGCAAAAGUUUUUCUACCAUUACAUCUCCGGCUUCUACUUCCUGUUACUCUCUGAGCAAAGAUCAUGGCUCUUUUCUGCCCCGAAUCUUUAAGACCCAGAAAGUUGCUGGGUCUUCUGGUAGAUAUUUUCAUUCAACUCAAGUUGUUAGGCUAAGUCGAGCCAGCAUUGACUCGAAAAUUAACUCCAAUGACUUUGAGGGCGAUGAUGGAACCAUGAAUGAAUUUUUAUCACGGUUUGUUUGGAUAAUGCGUGGGAAACUAUCUGAAGCGUACCCAAGAUGUGAUAAGGAGACAAUUAAUGGGAUGCUUUCCAUUAUUGUUGCCAAUGUUGUGGAUGAGAUGGAAAAGGGUGGGAUUGAGAAGAGGGUUGGUGCGGCUGCUAUGGUUACACUGUCGCAGGAUUUUAGUCAAGAUUUAUGGGGAACGGUAUGGGAAGUGAGUAAUAGGGUGUUGCAGGAUAUGGAGAAGGCGAGGAAGAAGGAAAAGAUGAAGAAAUUUUUGCAGUCUGAGGAAGUAAAGGAAAUGUAUCGAUUUGCUAGUGAAGCUGGUAUUCGUGGAGAUUUGUUGAGGGAGCUAAGGUUCAAAUGGGCUCGAGAGAAAAUGGAGGAAACUGAGUUUUAUGAGAGUUUGGAACGCCUUAGGGAAGAAGAGCAGGCCGGAGAGAAAGAAGGCAAGGCGAUGCAUGUAGAGGUUAAUGCUGAAGAGGCUGUUGUAACUGAGGAUAAACAUGAUGUUGUAUCUAUAUUAAAGAGAAAAGGAAAGAUCAGGUACAAGACAUAUGGUCUUGAUUUAUCAGAUCCUAAGUGGGUUGAAGUGGCUGAUAAACUCCAUGAGGCAGAGGAAAUUAUUGUCCCAAAGGAGCCAAAGCCAAUAUCUGGUAAAUCUAAAAUUGUUAUGGAGAAAAUCCUUUCAUUGAGAGAGGAAGAUGACCCUUCUCCACUACUAGCUGACUGGAUUGAGCUUCUGCAACCUAGUCGUGUGGAUUGGAUCACUUUGCUUGAUAGAUUGGAGCAAAAAAAUGCUGGUCUAUACCUAAAGGUAGCAGAACGUUUGUUGGAUGAAAAAUCUUUCCAAGCAAACAUUCGUGACUACACAAAGGUUAUUGAUGCUCAUGCUAAUGAGAACCACAUAGACGAUGCUGAAAGAGUCCUAAAGAAAAUGGGUGAAAAUGGUAUCUUUCCUGAUAUUUUAACUGCAACACUUCUUGUUCACAUGUAUAGCAAGGUUGGCAAUCUUGAUCGCGCUAAAGAAGCAUUCGAAAACUUGAGAAGCUUUGGCUUCCAUCCAGAUCAGAAGGUCUACAACUUGAUGAUCUUGGCCUAUGUCAAUGCUGGCCAACCUAAAUUGGGUGAGUCAUUAAUGAGAGAGAUGGAAGCAAGAGACAUCAAACCUUCAGAGGAGAUUUACUUGGCAUUGCUUAGGUCUUUUGCCCUAAGUGGUGAUGUUGGUGGAGCUGGACGAAUUGCAACCACUAUGCAGUUUUCAGGGUUCCAACCAACUUUAGAGUCUUUCACACUGCUUGUUAAGACAUAUGCACAAGCUGGUGACCCUGAUCAAGCUAGACGCAAUUUUGACCACAUGAUGAAACUUGGAUUCAAACCCAAUGAUAGGUGCACUGCUAGCAUGAUUGCAGCAUAUGAAAAGAAAAAUUUAUUGGAUAAGGCUUUAAAUCUUCUAUUGCAGCUGGAGAAGGAUGGUUUUGAGCCUGGGGCUGCUACUUAUGCUGUCCUUGUGGAUUGGUUUGGUAAAAUGCAAUUGGUUGAUGAGGCGGACCAACUGUUGGGCAAGAUUGCUGAGCAGGGUGAGGUUCCUCCUUUCAAGAUUCAUGUGAGCCUCUGUGAUAUGUACUCAAGGGCUGGAGCUGAGAAGAAAGCUCUUCAGGCUCUUGGAGUUCUUGAAGCAAAGAAGGAGGAAUUGGGGGCCCAGGACUUUGAGAGGAUCGUAAAUGCCCUCAUAGCAGGUGGUUUUAUGCAGGAAGCUAAAAGGCUAUAUGGUAUGAUGGAGUCUCAAGGCUUUGCUGCAUCAGAUCAACUAAAGGUAGCCUUAAGGGCAUCUGAAACUUUCACCUGGCAAAGACCAAUCGCAAGAUAAACUGCAUGGAUUUUAGGCUGCAAUUGAACAUCAAUGAGAUUGCUGAAUAGUCAUGAAGAAUUCUUAACACAUUGAGCAGUAAGUGGAUGCAAUUUAGGAACAGAUUAGAACCUGCAGUGUCAGCUAAAGCUAGUUUCUGCUUACAAUUUUUACCUUGGCUUCCAAGCCAAUGAUUGUUUCCUUUUGUUGGAUGACACUUGACUAAUCUUUCAUAAUAAUCACUUGAUAGAUGCAGGUUUCUUCUUCCUUUUAUGCCAGUCUAUUAUAUCUUUUAUCUUCUACCAUGUUAAAAAUAAAAAUAGAUGGCUGAU